AUGGAGGCGCUGCGGCGGCCGGCGCUGCCCGAGGACGCGGUGCGCUACCGCCUGUUCGCGGCGGCGGCGGCGGGCCCGGGCGGCGAGGCGCUGCUGCGGCGCUGCGCUGAGCUGGCCCUGGUGCGCUUCGCCCCGCUCCUGGCCGCCUACGUGUGGCAGCGGCAGCCGUUCCGCCUGCGCUACGUGCCGCGCCGCGGCGAGACCCCGGCGCACAUCGGCGGCACCACCGUGUUCGGGGAUAACGUGGAGGAUGAGUGGUUCAUUGUGUACCUGCUCCGGGAGAUCACCAGGGAGUUCCCGGGGCUGGCAGCCAGGAUUGAUGACAACGAUGGAGAGUUUCUCUUGAUAGAAGCUGCUGAUUUUCUCCCAAAGUGGCUCAAUCCUGAGAACAGUGAAAACAGGAUGACAGCUGGCUGGAUAUUGCACCAGAUGCUCUGGAUCAGAUGCUGAAGGAGGCAAGAAAUGAGUCCCUUCCUUCCACAAAUGAGGAAGAGCAAAAAUAUGACUUGGAAACA